CCCCUGCCCCCUGCCACUGCGUCCGACGCCACAUCCACGCCAUUUCCUUUUUAAUUCCUCUGGCGUCUCCAACGGUACGAAGGCCCUUUUUAUUUUCCUCUCUGUCACAUCAAAACGUCGUCAAACAACAAAAUGGUUUCCUCGAAUAUGCCGAGGAAGACCAAGAUUUUCGUGGGUCGUCUCCCUGAGAAUUGUCGUAAUGACGAAUUACGCCAAUUAUUUCUGCGUUAUGGAGAGGUUACGGAGUGCGAUGUGAUGAAUCGUUAUGGUUUCGUCCACAUGGCUCGUGAGGAAGAUGCAGCAGCAGCAAUUAAAGCUCUGCACAAUACCAAUUUCAAGGGUGCAACGAUAAAUGUCGAGCAGUCGACUGGAAAAUCUCGAGGAGGUGGCCCCGGUGGUAGGAGAGAUGACAGACGAGGUGGACCCAUGAGAGGAGCUCGUGGAGGAAGGGAGGGAGGUCGUGACAGUAGACCAGGGCCUUACAGCGAUCGUCGAGGUGGUGGUGGUGGAUACUCUGAUUAUGGCAACCGUGGAGGAGGUGGUUAUGGAGAUCGUGGUGGAGAUUAUGGUGGGCCAGGAGGCGGAUACGGUGACAGAGGUGGAUAUGGCCAGGGUGUGGGUGGAGGAGGAAUGGGUGGAUACAGUUCAUCGGCUCCAGGAAUGGGUGGAGGUGGUUAUGGGCCCUCUGGAGGAUCAGUUGGUGGUUAUGGACCCAGUGGCACCUCUGAUUAUGGCAGAAGUGGUGAUUAUGGUCGGCAGGGGGACUUUGGCGGUCGCUCGGACUACGGAAACUUCCAGUCUGGGGGUGGAAUGGGUGGUGACUUCAAUCGUGGAGUUCCUGGAGUCGCUGAUUAUGGCAGGGGUGACAGCUUUGGCAGUGGCAGAGCUGCUGAUCCUUACACUCAGAGAAAUGAUUACGAUCGCAGCACAGCUGGACCCAUGAGGAAUGGAGGAGGUGCUGUGGCUUCUGGUGGAUAUGGAUCUGGAUAUUCUGAUGGGGGGCAGUAUGGGAGAGCCAUGGGUGGAGGUGGACCCUCUUACAACAGUGGAGCACAGAAUUAUAACAGUGGACAGGGACCACAGGCUGACAUGUUCAGCAGACGUCCUGGGGGGAAUGCUGUUGCCAGUGGUGGAUAUCCACCCGUUGGUGGAGGCUAUACUGAAGCGUACGAUAGACCAGAUGCCUAUGGACCCCGUGGUGGUGGUGGUGGUGGUGGUCGCUUCCCAGGUCCGGCAGACGCAAUGCCCCCGAGGUACUAAUGCGUGUUCUCCCCUCGAUUUAAUUAAAAAUCGUAAUUAAUCGCGUUAAUGGCAUUGUCAUGCCAGGGAGCGUGUACAUGCGAUAAAAAAAAAUGUUGAUAAGGAGAUACGGAUUUUUGACAAAACGAAUCAUCGUCCUGGCCCUAUUCGAAGGACUUCUGCGUCUGGCGAGAAUAAAACACGUCAUCGAAUUCAUUGACACAACAAGUUACAAUACACGGUACUGAUCGAUUUCUUUCCAUGAUACGCACCGUGGAAUUUUUACGAUAAUAGCGAGUAAGGUACCUUAAGUCUACGUUAUUCAGUGUGUAGGCUAGGGUUUUUUUUUGUUCACUAAAUUUUACUCCUCUGCAAUAAAAUGUACCCCAAAUAGAUUGAAAGGCGAUUGAAAAAAAGGAGAUCUGUCCAAUUUUACGGUUAGGAAUAUUAAUUUAUCUAAAAAACUAUUGACUUACCAAGGAAAUGUGAUGAGACUAUUUUUCUUGGAUAUUUCAUUGGCUAUAAUAAAGUUCUGCGACGAUUUUAUCUGGGAUCAAUAGGUUUUGAGGUAAAUUUAUAAUUCUAAAACAGUUUAUGUUCGAUGAAAGGGAGAUCAGUCGAAUUUUAUAGUUGUAAAUGUUAGUUUAUCGAAAAACUAUUGAUUUGAGAAGGAAAUGUGAUAAGAACGGUUUGCUUUGAAAUUUCGUUAGCUACAAAAAAGGAUUGUGUCAUUUUCAUCUGAAAUUGUUUGAAAUCUUGAAAAAAAUCUUUCUCAAAAUUUUU